CAACCUGCUCUUUGCAGGCACAUAAUGGACAGAUUGUAAAAAUCACGGACUGUUUCAGAUUUGAGUGUGUCGCAAAAAUAGUGUCUUUGCCGUGGAUACUCCUUUAAAAUCUUAGAUGACCCCAACUGUCCAUUUCUUAAGAAGCAAAGCAUUCAGCCGGCGGGUGAAGUAGCAGCACAAUACAGCGCCCAUACCAGGCUGUUUUAUUAUACACACACACACACUCUCUCUCUGAUGUGAGCAAGCUGGCGGGUACUCCAUAACAAACAUCCGGACACUUUCUUCCACCGCCACUGUAAUGGACGGCCAUAUCAACAUCGAUCAUCAUCAUCAACCAACGGCAGCAACGGCACAGGAUGCGUCCGAUGGGCGCGGCUCGCGGAAACGCUGGCAAAAGAUGCCCGCCGACGCUAGCAGCUCUCCACAUCCGUCCUAUGGGACAACCGAUUCCAUCCCGCAAGUGACAAUACGUGAUACAAGCAGCCGUGGACGAGCGGGUCCAUCGAGAGGCUCCCCUUCUGGCAACAGCUCCCGGCAGCGGCAACAGCAGCAGCAGGAACAGGAGCAGGCAUUGAACGAGGAGGAAGGACUCAAAUAUGGUGCGCAACAUGUGAUAAAGCUGUUCGUUCCAGUGACCCUUUGCAUGAUGGUCGUGGUGGCCACAAUUAGCUCGAUUAACUUUUAUACCAUCAAGGAUGUGUACCUCGUCUACACACCGUUCCACGAACUAACGGACGACACGGGCACAAAGAUAUGGAAUGCUCUCGCAAACUCGCUGAUCCUGAUGACGGUGAUCGUCAUCAUGACCAUACUGCUCAUCGUCCUGUACAAGCACCGCUGCUACAAGGUCAUCCACGGUUGGCUGAUCCUGUCCUCCCUGCUGCUGCUGUUUCUGUUCAGUGGCCUUUAUUUGUUUGAAAUUUUGCGAGCGUACAACGUCCCGAUGGAUUGGUUUACGGCCGGGCUGCUUGUUUGGAACUUUGGUGUGGUGGGCAUGAUCUCAAUCCACUGGCAGGGUCCGCUCCGGCUACAGCAAGGCUAUCUGAUCUUUGUGGCCGCACUGAUGGCACUGGUGUUUAUCAAGUAUCUUCCAGAAUGGACAACGUGGGCUGUACUAGCUGUGAUAUCAAUUUGGGAUCUAAUUGCCGUACUUACCCCUAAGGGGCCUUUGCGAAUUUUGGUCGAAACGGCGCAGGAGCGUAACGAGCAAAUAUUUCCAGCUCUAAUCUAUUCAUCAACCAUCAUGUAUUCCUACCUCGGCACACACACGGAUCCGGAUCGUGCGGCACCGUUGUCUGGCGAGCGGACCAUCGGCACUGGGCCGGGUAGCGCUGGCGGAGGCAGCCGACAGGCUGGUGGGUACGGUGCAGUUAAUAACCACGGCCCAACGCAACCCGGAGCAACCGUAGAAGGUAUGCGGCUGGUUGCCAUUCCCAAUGAUAGAACGCAUGAUUUGCCCAGGGAUCAGACGGCCGGCUUUACGCAGGAUUGGGCGGCAACGGCUAACCAAAGAGUAACGAGGCGGCAAAUUGAGGUGCAGGCCAACAUUGCCAACAAUCCGUCCCGGCCCGAGUACCGUACGGUCACGGCAGAGGCAACCCGCGCAGGACAGGAUCCGCAGCUCGGUGGUGCUCUGUAUGACCAGGCGGAAGAAAGAGGCAUUAAGCUUGGGCUAGGUGACUUCAUUUUCUACUCCGUGCUGGUUGGCAAGGCAUCGAGCUACGGCGACUGGAACACCACGAUAGCGUGCUUUGUGGCAAUACUGGUGGGUCUCUGCCUGACGCUGCUGCUGUUGGCCAUCUUUCGCAAAGCAUUGCCGGCACUGCCGAUUUCCAUCUUUUUCGGGCUGAUCUUUUGCUUUGUCACGAGCGUUAUUGUAAAACCGUUCACGGAAGCGCUUACGCUGGAGCAGGUGUUUAUUUAGUUAAAGCAGCAACACGGGGAUAGGAAGUUGUAGGUCCGGUUUUUGCCGGGUUCAAUGAUUGGAUUAGGGAUUAGGCGCAACAAAACAAACGUGCUCAAAUCCACGCCGAGCGGUGUUUUCUAGCAUAUCUAGCUCGUUUAUUUAUAUCGUAAUAUUUUAAUAUCGUGUAAUCAAAAAAAAACAACCCGAGAGACAGCGAGCGGCAGUUGGAUAGUGAGAAAGUGUAGGUGAACGUACCGCCACUAACAAACACGUAACGCGUAUUGGCUUAGUUAAAACCGGGAUGCAAAAGUAACAUGUACGCUAAACACACACACACACACUCGGUCCACAUUAUGCUUGAAUUUGGAAAUGGUCGUGCUGAUCAGACUUAAGCGUUGCUUACCAUUUUACACACAUUACACGUGCAUUUUGUAUUUGGUGCGUCACAUCCGUACGUGUUCGAUCCAUAGAUGAAUGUAUCCUUUCUUGGAUGUGUGUAUGUAUGAAUGUGUGUGUGGAUGUAUCCCCCCCUGUCCUAAGACAUUUUACACUUCAUCCUGGCGAUUAGGGGAAUGCGUUGCAUUUCUUGAAUGCUCCAUAAUUGGUGUAUUGAUGUUUCUCUCUCCCGUCCUCUCGGAGGCAUUUGAACUUCCCGUGGGCCCCUGUUUUGAUGCGUAAAGGAGGAGACAUAUUUUGAAGAGUGUAAUCACCCGGGAACUAGGGAGACACAUGACUGCAUACAUAAAAUUUGUACCAUUUUAGAGCGGAGUAUAAUCGUUAUGCUAUUUCUUUUCUUUACAUAAUAUACAAACCCGACAUCAAUAACUACUGACUGGGAAUAAAAGAAGAAGAAUAAAAUGCAGGCAUAUUAGCGAUUCA